AGUUAACCAUUCCCUCCUUCUCACCUCUGGCAGAGUGGCAGCGCCGGCGAGUUCAGAACAUGCUUGUCACCGGGAUUUUACUGUUUCUCCUCAUGUCAGGGGGAGGGACGUUCAUGAUCCACGACAGGGAGCUCAGCCUGUGUCUGGAGGGCUCUGCAGAUGCAGGUGAAGUCCUCCUGAAGAAGUGCAACCUGGACUCGGAGUACCAGCAGUGGGUCUGGGUCCGUCAGGGCAUGCUGAUGUGUGUUGCAUCGUCCAGAUGUUUGUCAGCCCUUCAGAGCGAGAUUGUCCACACCCAGCCUUGCCUCGAGCCAGAUGUGCAUCCUGCAGGAUUACUGUGGGACUGUGACAGCGGCAGACUCAUCAGCAGAGAGACAUCGAUGCUGCUGUCCACCCACGGAGGGCGUCUGAUUCUCACAGAGCAUGGCAAACAUGCAAAGUGGAGAUCAAUCGAGGAGGGGGACAUCUGCCAGGACAGACUCAGAAUCCGGAGGGCCUCCGAUGACCUGGAUCCAUUUGAGGAGGUAGACGAUUCUGCAGGAGAACGGGCAACCAUGACGAAGGAGCAGAGAGAGUAUUUACGCUGGUUUUACCGCACAGAGGAGCCCACCACAUGGACAUUUGUGCUGCUGGGACUGGCCUUCAUCUGUCUGCUCGUUGGGUUUCUGCUGUUGGGAAUGGGAGCGAUGGCCAACAAGAGCAGAAAAAAGAUAGCAAAAUACAGAGAAGCUGCAUCACUGGUUAAGAGAAGUGAAGGUGAGGAGCAGCCGGACCUUCCACCUCCACAAGACAACGGAACAUCUCCACUGCUGCAGGAACACAAGCUCCCCAUGUCUGAAGGCAACACCAGCACACUGACACCAGGAGACAUUGUGGUCACAUGGAAAGAUGGCAACACCUCCUGCCUGUACUCAAAUCCUCCUGCUGAGGAGAAACAGGAGGAGGACAAGCAGCAGAAACAAGAGGAAGUCCCAGCUGAGGAGUGUGAGGCUUGUGAUGAAGUGAAGACGACAGAGUGAAUAACAUCAUCAGCUCGUCCCACUGCUUAUAAAUUCUUCAGCUUUGAUGGACUGUAAAGUUUGUGCACAUGACAACAUUCACAAAAGAUUUUUUUUUACAACCUCAGAAAUGAGCUCGUCUAAAUAUUCCUCCGUCUGUGUGAUCCGUGUGUUCCUGACCCUCGUUUCAGUGGCAGGUCUUUAUUUGAGUGUCUAAUAUGAAAACAGUACGUUAAUAAAUCAUUUCAUCAAAA